CGUUCCCUCUCACCGUCUCCACGCACUGCCCUGAAAUAGAUAGGCACAGAGAAAGAGUCCCUCGACUUCCGUGAAAGCGAGCGGAGGAGAAAAUGAUGGUAGGACGGGAAACCGGUCGGCACCCAGAUCUGAUGGCUCGCGUACCGCCUUGGUCUUCACGCUUGGAUGAUCCGGUUGGGUACUCCCCGGCCGCCUGUGGCGGCGGCGGGGUUCAUUUUCUCGGCGAGUCGGCCCUUGCUGCGGCGCUGCAGAGGUACUUGCCUUGCAGCGGUGACGUGAUUGAGGAGGAUGAAGAGGCGGAUGAUGAACCUGACAACGCUGUGGACUUGUACUCGUCGGACGAGUUCCGGAUGUACGAAUUCAAGGUCCGGCGGUGCGCGCGCGGCCGGUCGCACGACUGGACCGAGUGCCCCUUCGCGCACCCAGGGGAGAAAGCGCGCCGCCGUGAUCCCCGGAAGUACCACUACUCCGGCGCGUCCUGCCCCGACUUCCGCAAGGGCGGAUGCAAGCACGGUGACGCGUGCGAGUACGCGCACGGGGUGUUCGAGUGCUGGCUCCAUCCCGCGCGCUACCGCACACAGCCGUGCAAGGACGGCACCGCCUGCCGACGCCGCGUCUGCUUCUUCGCUCAUACGCCGGAUCAGCUCCGCGUUCUCUCGCAGCAGCAGCAAUCGACACCCACAAAGCUAGCAGUCGAGUCGUAUGACGGCUCGCCGCUCCGCCAGCAUGCGUUGGAGUCUUACAUCUCAAAUCAACUCAUCUCAUCCUCGACGACCGCCUCACUGAUCUCUCCACGGCUCUCUUCCCCGACGUCCGAUUCUCCUCCGACGUCGCCGUGCACGAAGGGGCUCAGGAGGGCCUCGUGGCCGCCUGGUACAUCCAUCAACGACCUCGUUGCUUCUCUGCGCCAGUCGCAAAUCAGCCAGGUGAAAUCCCUACCUAGCUCCUGGGGACUACAACCAGGUAACAGUCUAUUCGGCUCUCCUAGAGCCAAAUCCGGCUUCUGCAGUCUACCAACAACUCCAACCACGCUGACCGGCGGAAUGGGGUGGCUCGAUGCAGCCGAAGGCACAAGCUUCCCGAAGGGCGAAGAGCCGGAAGAGAGGGUGGAGUCCGGGCGAGCUCUGAGAGCGAAAAUAUUCGAGAAACUGAGCAAGGAGUGCGUGGUAGAGAGGUCCGUCGCGUCUCUGGCACCCGCAACGUCGGACGUCGCUUGGGUGUCCGGACUGGUCAAGUAAGCUAUCAAAAAUUCAGAAAAAAAAAAGAGAAAGAUGAACGAGAUGUGAAUCUUGAACUCAUAAAGCUCGGCGAGUUUAGACGACCUGUAUAUAACUGUACAUAGCAAAUGGUAAGCAGGAAUAGGAGGUGGGCUUCUGGUUUGGCAAGACGGCGAAGACGACGAAGAAGAAGAAGAAAUUAAGAUUGUUAAUUGUGUAGAUUUCUGUUUUGGAUUUGAAAUUUCAUGUAUUCUGUAGAAUUUUGAAUCAAGAUGUUAUCCAAUUCCUGAUGUCUGUAAGAAAUGCUAAACUUGAACAAAUUUCAUCCUCUAUGAAUUGUGUGUGAA